CCGACCUUUCUCUCUUAUCGGUACCCCGAAGAUUCACUCGAGAAAGCCAUCUGCUCAGUCAGAAGAACAAACAAGCAACCAUGGAUUUCGACGAGAUCGAGUAUCUAGAGAAGACCGUCGAAGAAGCGGAGGAUCGAGACGGGAGCGCCAAGAAGAGCAAGCGCGAAGGCGUCGAGAAGAGCGAGCGGAGUUACAGGAAGCGGGAUGCCGCCGACGAGGAUGCGACGGCGAGCCGGAAGAGAUCGAGAGGGGGCAAGGAUGAAGAGAACGGGAGGGAGAAGGAUCGCCACCGCCGCGACAGGGACAGAGAUAGAGAGAAGGACAGAGAUAAGGAGAAGGAUAGGAGAGACAGGGAUAAGGAGCGAGAGGAAGGAAGAGAGAAGAGGGAGAGGAGCAGAAGCGAGAGCAAGAGCAGGAGAGAAAGAAGUCGUAGCAGGAGCAAGUCGAGGAGGGAGAGGAGCAGGAGUCGUUACAGUGAUCGGGAGAAGGAAGUGCGGGAGAGAGAAAGGGAUGUCGAGCUGCGAGACAGCGGUAGCAGGUUUCACACUGUCACCAUAGGCUUACAAGUACUUUGGGAACAAUGAGGAGGGUCAAAGAUAAGAAAGAAGCUGUGGAGCCUGAAGCUGACCCUGAGAGGGACCAGAGAACUGUAUUUGCCUAUCAGAUGCCUUUGAAGGCUACCGAGAGAGAUGUGUAUGAGUUCUUCUCCAAGGCGGGCAAGGUGAGGGAUGUUAGAUUGAUAAUGGACAGGAACUCAAGGAGAUCAAAAGGAGUUGGGUAUAUCGAGUUCUAUGACGUGAUGUCUGUUCCAAUGGCAAUAGCUCUUUCUGGCCAGCCACUCUUUGGACAACCUGUGAUGGUGAAGCCUUCUGAGGCGGAAAAGAAUCUUGUUCAGUCAAAUGCUACAGGUGCCACUACUGGCCCCUAUGGGCCUGUGGACAGAAAACUAUAUGUCGGGAAUUUGCACUUCAACAUGACGGAAAUGCAGCUAAGACAGCUUUUUGAGCCAUUUGGAACUGUGGAGCUUGUUCAGCUACCCCUUGACCUUGAAACGGGACAGUGCAAAGGAUUUGGGUUUGUUCAAUUUGCUCAAGUGGAAAGUGCAAAGGAAGCGCAAACACAUUUGAAUGGGAAACUGGAGAUUGCUGGACGGACCUUAAAGGUUUCCUCUGUCACGGAACAUGGAGGGCCGCAAGAGCCUGGGGCUAAAUCUGCUGACUUUGAUGACGAUGAUGGUGGUGGUUUGUCUUUAAAUGCUCAAUCAAGAGCUAUGCUCAUGCAGAAGCUGGAUCGCUCUGGCAUUGCCACGAGUAUUUCUGGUUCCCUUGGAGUGCCUAUGCUUAAUGGCUCUGCUCAAAAUCCACAAACCAUGGCCUUGCAACUGAACGGUCAAGCUGCACUUCGUGGAGCUCUUCCAGUUCAUGUCUUGCCUUCUCCAGCCUUUGAAUCUAUUGGAAAACCCAGUGUGUGCUUAUUGUUGCAAAACAUGUUUGAUCCUUCCACCGAGACUGAACCAGAUUUUGAUGUGGACAUAAAGGACGAUGUCGAAGAAGAAUGCUCAAAAUACGGACACGUGAAACAUAUAUAUGUUGAGAAGAAUAGCGCAGGGUUUGUGUAUUUACGGUUUGAUACCGUGGAAGCAGCCGCCAGAGCUCAGGCUGCAAUGCAUAUGAGGUGGUUUGCUCGACGAUCAAUCUCAGCAACUUUCAUGCCGCCCCAUGAAUAUGAAGCCAAGUUCCCCAAUAGCCACUAGGACUAGAAAGUGCUCUCCUUGGCAUAGCUCCUAUCUCGGCGGUUGUCUAGAGCAGAAGCGUUUGCAAACUGAGGGGAAUCGCUUGCUUCUCUGCCUCGGAUGUACUAUGGAGACGAUGUGCUGAGUUUGUACCUUAAUACAAUACUAGAGAUGUAGUCAUUUUUGUACUGUAGAA